AUGCCUCCCGCCAGCAACGAAGAACAGUUCAAAUUUCUCAUUAGUUGCAUCAGAUAUUCCAACAAUGGCAAGGUUGAUUUUUCCGAAGUUGCCAACGAAUGUGGAAUUGUCAGCAAAGGCGCCGCAGCCAAGCGAUAUGAACGAAUGAUGAAAGCCCACGGCAUUUCGCCCAUCAGCGGCGCCAUGACCAGUCCCCCAAGCACUCCGUCCAAAGAGACCGGCACAUCUACCACUACGAAGGGGGGCUCCUCUAAGAAGCGCAAAUUGGCGAAAUGUAGCGACCUGAGCGGCGAAAUUGCGGCUGAUGACGAGGAAUGCUUGUCUUCACGCAUCAAGCAAGAACCUUGCGCUUUCAACUUCAAUGCCGAGAAUCACGCACAGGUGCUUAUUAAACGCGAGGACGCCGAGAAAGAACUAUCCGGAUUUCUUGACCGGUCUAUUUCCCACGAUGAUAAUAACAACGGAGGAUUUAUCAGUGGUGCAGCGCUUGAUGAUCCUUUUGGCGUUGUCGGCGGCAGUACCGGAUAUGAUGGUGCGAGCGAACUUGCUACGUACGGCGGAUACUUGCAUUCCGAUAGUCCUGGAUAUACCGUGGGAUCGUACAACCACGUUGGGACGUUUGAAGAUGCGGGUAUGUCAUUUCGCGGGGGCUUUGCGGGCUUGAAUAUGGGCGAUGAGAGUCUUGCGCAGGGCGACCAAGGUCCGGAAAUUGUGGGUUUGGAUGCAGAGGAACACGUCUGAUUCUGUGGCGGCCAAGAAUGGUUCAUUAUUGAUCUCCAUUAUCAUUUUUCUACAAGACGGGCUUGUCGACGAAAUUUGAUACAUAUUCCGGAUACUAAAUAGCAA